AUGGCUGCCGCUUCUGUUAUGAUCCCCAUCUCCAGCAUCAGCCAGAAUGGAGGUACCCUUCCUCCUAGUGCCCUGGUCCAACACUCCCCCCGUCACGGACGUAGUAGAGCUGCCAGCAUGAAGAAGGGUAACCGAUACAACGUCAUGGAGAACAGAGACAAUGCCAUCACCAAGGCAGUCCAGUUUGUCCUGAAGCGAACAGUUAGCCAGAGCGAGCUGGACGAGGAGAGUGAGAACGACGAGGAGGACGAACGUCUCGUCUCCGCCGAGGAUGGUUGGGUCAUGCUGCCUGACCUGCUCCAACACUCCCGCAUCACCGACCUCCGCGUCACCCUUGCAGACCUUCAGCGCAUCACAUCCAACACAUCCAAGGCUCGCUGCGAGCUUCGCCAACAACCCGGCAGUGAGGCCGAGACACCAGAGUCAUACCAGAUCCGAGGCACACACAAGAGAGACAGCCUGCAAGCACCCGUCAUCGAGGGUGAGCCCCUCAAGCUCGACGCCGAGGAUCUCCCCGAGUACAUUGUCUAUGAAACUUCUUACGAAGCUUACCCUCAUAUCCUCGCAUCUGGCAGCAUCGAGAAAGCUGCCGGUGCUACUCACAUCUCUUUCUCCCCCGUCGCCACCGACGGCAGCGAGACUCGCCGGGCCGGCAAUGCCGACAUCGGCAUCUGGGUUCAUCUCCGCACAGCUUUGGAGACGGAGCCGAGCAUCGUCUGGCAGAAGACUGCCAACGGUGCCAUCGCUACCACCAACGAGAUUCCCAAGAGCCUGUGGAAGAAGGCCGUCGCCCGCCGCUCGGACAUCGGGCUCCUUUUCGAGGACGGCGAGGUCCGAGGCGAGGUCCCCGAGGCCCUGAGGGGCAAGGGGUCCAAGGGCAAGGCCAAGAAGGGCAAAGGCUCCUUCAAGAGCCGAGGCGGCGAGGAGGCCUCGGAUAGCGCCAGCGACGAGUAA